ACCCACUGAAAGAUCUCUUAAUAGAAACUAUUUGUGAGUUACUUCUGAGGCCUGAGAUACAUUGGGUGUAGGGGCCUUUCAUAAGGCUUGAAGUGAGUCACAGAGAUUGCAAAUAAUGUAGUGUGGGCCAAACCUGGUCAAAGGGUAUGUGGGCAGUACCAUUUCUUUCCAAGGAAUUAGGCCAGUGGAAAAAAGCUGUAGUGGUCAGGAAGGUUUGAUCAAACCCUUAAAGAGUAGUGGGAGUUUUAUCUUCUUAGUGAUUACUCAGCUCGAAGGAAAGCCUAGAAACAAAAUUCUUUAGUUUAGUUCGUACAAUAAUAAUGUUUGAUAAGAGUUGCAAGUGAGGUAAAAUGAGAUUCUUCCACUGAUGUAAUAGUUACUUUCAGAAUCCUCUUAAACCUCAUUAUUGGUCAUUAUAAAAUUCCAGCCACAAUUAGAAGGAUUUCCCAGAGUUAGCUUUGUGGUUCUUGAAAAAGGGCUGUGUUUCUAACAGUUCCCAUUAGGUCAAAGAUUUAAAUAUAAUGUACAAGUGACUUAAUGGAGCCCUUCAGAAAAAUAAAGCAUUUAUCAUUUUCCUGGAAGGCUUUUUACACUGUUAGGUUCAAAAGUACGGACUUGCCCUAAGAAUAUUUUGAUCUUUUCAAUAAGUGUUUAAAGAUAUCUUAUUUACUGUUGUUUUGAUGACAUUUGUCAAAAUACUAACAUUUGGUAUCUUCUUUUUAAAAAGUUUUUUUUAUUGGUGAGACAGGGUCUCAGUCUGUCCACUCAGGUUAGAAUGUGGUGGUGUGACCACAGCUCACUGCAGCCUCAACCUCCUUUGCUCAAGUGGUCCUCCUACCUCAGCCUCCCAAGUAGCUAGGACUACAGGCAUGUGCCACUGUCCCUGGCUAGUUUUUUAUAUUUUUUGUAGAGAUGGGGUUUCUCCAUGUUGCCCAAGCUGAUCGCAAACUCCUGGGCUCAAGUGAUCCACCUACCUUUUUCUCCCAAACUGUUGGGAUUACAGGCACUGCGCCCAGCUACAUUUGAUAUCUUUGAGGAUGAGGAAAAAGUGUUUAUGCUGUGUAAAUAAAUUAAAUUGAGUCCUGCCUUCAAGUAGUGGAGAUAAACAUGUACUAGCUAUAAUCUAAGGCAGAGUUGAGAGGAGUUGGGAGGAGCAAAUAAUAUCCAACUGAAGCCUUCAAAGUCACCCUCUUUUAAGAAGUGACACUUGACCUACGCCUCAAGGCUAACUAGGAUUUUGAUCUGUGGAGAAGUCCUGGAAGGACAUUCCUGGAAGAGAAUGCACCUUUUACAAAAAUAUGCAGGCAUGGAAGCAUGUGACCUGGGUGGCAAAUAGUCAGUGGUUUGCAGCUACAACAUUUUAAUACGUGGAAAGAAAUUUAAUGAAAUGGGUCAAGAAAGUAAAAUUGAGGAAUGCUUUGUGAUUUAAAAAAUAGUGAGAGUUAAUUAAGAUCAAUACACUUAAAGCAAACCUGAAACUUACUUUUUCAGAAGUGUAAAUUACGGUAAUAUUUGUUAUUUUAAAAAAAUUUUGAAAGUCCAUUUUUCUUCUAGGCUUGAGUUGCUGGUGUGUGAAUUAACUCAAGAGUUGUUCAGACAACUUCAGUUAAUAUUUAUUUGAAGAGAAACUUAUAUGGAGAGAAAAGUUAGGAAACCACUUCAUUUUUCAUGAGAACAGUGGGAUUUUGAAGUUAGCCAGUGACAGAAUCAAAAAAAGAAAUCAAAAAUAGAAAUAAUAUUAGAUGGCCAGGUAACAUUCUUUUCAGUGCAUUUUGGUUGUUGAUAUUGCAACUUGCUUUGCAUUUUGUAUAUUAUAUAUCAUAUGCAUUUUGUUUAUAUUGAUAGAAUGGCUGAAAGUUUAAAUAAGGCAAAAAAUUGUGUUUAGGGAAAGGCUGCUAGGAAAUUGAUCCUUUGAACCCAAAGAAGAUAAUUCACUUUGUUCUCCUGGAUUAAUACAAUUAAAUCAUAUUUGAUAGUGCUCUCUCAAGAAUGUGAAUUUUUUUUUUUUUUUUCUCACAAACCCAGAUUCUGUUUUUCCCUUAAGGACUGUACCAGGCCACUACUAUUCACCAUUGUACUGGAGAUUAUAGCCAGAGAAAUUAGAAAAGAAACAAAAGAUGUGUAAUAGCAGCAAGAAGGUGCAAUAGAAAGCUCAUAUGCUUCUUCUCCCCACAGAAAUACUGAUUCAAUAACAAUACACACACCAGACCUCUUUGUGAGAAAUCCGGAAACUAGUUAAGAGGCUCCUGCAUUCUAGGUGAGCAAUAAACCAGCUGCAGUGAAGAUGGUAGGAAAAUUCAUCCUACUUGCUCACCAUAGUUCAUUCCCCUGGCUCAGCAUGGCAUGAGCAAGAGGAAACUCCAGGCUCCUGGUUUUUCCCUGGGCGGGGAAAGAGAAGACUGAAACAUCUGUGUGACAUUCAGAUUUUUCAGAGGUCUGCCCAAGGGUCUGGUUUUUAUUUUGCUUGAAUAUAAGUUCUGACAGGAAAGGGCACCAGGUUGCGGGGUCAUUGAAAACAAAGUUGACAGUUUAGAUUAGCAGGCACUCACCAUGGUCCCUCCCCCCCUCAGCAUGAAACCAGCAGGAGAAAAUCCUCAACUCUUGGCUUCUCCUUGGGGAGACAAAAGAGUUGGAAUGUGUGUCCAGUGUUUCACCUUUUCAGUGGGCUGAGGGACUGGCUUCUGUCUUGCUUGUCUUGGAAAGCUGACAGGGGCUGGUGUAUUCCAGGUGCCCAGGAGCCACUGAGAACAACAGAAGACUUGUUGCUGCUCUAGAGGACCUGUGGUAGGGCAGACAGAGGAUGAUACAGCUCAGCAGCUUGUCCCUACGUGUGUCAUGAAAGGUGUUGGGGAGAGAAUAGUGGAGUAUCUGUCCAACAUUCCAGCACUUCAGAGAGCUACCCCCAAGGGACUGGCUUCUGUUUCACCUGACUUGGAGCACAGGCAGGAGUGGACAUACUCUAAAAGCCCACUGAUGGGAAAGGGCACCAGGUUGGAGGCCUCUGAAAACAAGAGAGCUGGGUGGCUUGCAGCAGCUCCAGAGAACCGAAGUACCACAGACAGAUAGCACAGGGAGCAAAAGAUUAUGAGAUCCUGAAAAAGGAAACCAACAAGUUCAUCUUGAGAAUUUAUACACACUGGUCGAGAAGAAGCAUCCGAUUCAGGAAAGGUUCAAAAGGCAUGCAGAAUCUCUAGUCAGGCCGAUCAGUGAGGAUCUUUCUCUGUACAGAGCCAGACCACAAAGACUGGGAGGGGUGAUAUUUUUUCAAAUGCUUGGAUCCCAACAUGAUGUUAAAAGACACACAAAGAAAUAGGGAAACAUGGCACAAUCAAAGAGUCAAAAUAUCCAGGAACCUACUUUAAGGAAACACAGAUAUCUUCAUUAUCUCAGAAGGAAUUCAGACCAACCACCAUAAACAUGUUCAGUGACCCAAGGAAAAUGCUGCAUGAACAAAAUGGUAUCAACAUAGAGAUUGAAAACGUAAAAAGGAACCAAACAAACAUUGUAACAGAUGCAAUAUGCUUCUUUGACCAAAUUGAAAGAUUUACUAGAGGAGUUUAGCAGCAGUGUUUUUCAAGGAGAAGAAUUAGUGAACUUGAAGCCAGGUCAUUUGAAAUUAUCCAGUCAGAGAAGCAAAAAGAAAAAAAAACAAAAAAAGAAUGAAGACAGCCUAGAGUACUAAUGGGACAGCAUCAAUUUUAUCAAUGUAGAUUGUAUGGAAGUUCCAUAUGUUGGAAAGAGAAAGGAGCAAAAAGCUUAUUUGAAGAAAUAAAGGCCAAAACUUCCCAAAUUGAAGGAAGGCAGUGGACAUCCAGAUUCAAGAAGCCAAAUGGACUCCAGAGUAGAACAAUCCGAAGACAUCUACAUGGAAACACACUGUAAUCAAAUUGUCAAAGAAUUUUGAAAGCAGCAGGAUAAGAACAACUUGUCAUAUACAAAGGAGAUUCUGUGGGACUCUAAGUGGAUUUCUUAGCAGAAACCUUGCAGGUCAGAAAGAAGUGGGAUGAUAUAGUCAAACUGCUGGAAGAAAAACUGCCAGCAAAGUACUGUAUGUGGCAAAACUUUUCUUUAAAAGUAAAAGAGAAAUAAGAUUCUCAAAAUCUGAGAGAGUUCAUCACCACUGUAUCUGACUUAAACGCUAAUGGGAGUCUGUUAAAUGGAAACAAAAGCAUGUUCAACAUGAAAGUAUAAAAUUAAAUGAUAAAGCUAUGGACAAAUAGAGACCUGCAUAUUAUUGUAAUGGUGAAGAAUCCUGCAAAAAUGUCUCUCUAUCCAUCUCUCGAAGACUUGAAGGUAGACAAAGUAAUUCAGGCUCAAACUGCUUUUUCUGCAAACCCUGCCAAUCCAGCAAUUUUGUCAGAAGCUUCUGCUCCUAUCCCUCACGAUGGAAAUCUCUAUCCCAGACUGUAUCCGGAGCUCUCUCAAUACAUGGGGCUGAGUUUAAAUGAAGAAGAAAUACGUGCAAAUGUGGCCGUGGUUUCUGGUGCAUCACUUCAGGGGCAGUUGGUAGCAAGACCUUCCAGUAUAAACUAUAUGGUGGCUCCUGUAACUGGUAAUGAUGUUGGAAUUCGUAGAGCAGAAAUUAAGCAAGGGAUUCGUGAAGUCAUUUUGUGUAAGGAUCAAGAUGGAAAAAUUGGACUCAGGCUUAAAUCAAUAGAUAAUGGUAUAUUUGUUCAGCUAGUCCAGGCUAAUUCUCCAGCCUCAUUGGUUGGUCUGAGAUUUGGGGACCAAGUACUUCAGAUCAAUGGUGAAAACUGUGCAGGAUGGAGCUCUGAUAAAGCACACAAGGUGCUCAAACAGGCUUUUGGAGAGAAGAUUACCAUGACCAUUCGUGACAGGCCCUUUGAACGGACGAUUACCAUGCAUAAGGAUAGCACUGGACAUGUUGGUUUUAUCUUUAAAAAUGGAAAAAUAACAUCUAUAGUGAAAGAUAGCUCUGCAGCCAGAAAUGGUCUUCUCACAGAACAUAACAUCUGUGAAAUCAAUGGACAGAAUGUCAUUGGAUUGAAGGACUCUCAAAUUGCAGACAUACUGUCAACAUCUGGGACUGUAGUUACUAUUACAAUCAUGCCUGCUUUUAUCUUUGAACAUAUUAUUAAGCGGAUGGCACCAAGCAUUAUGAAAAGCCUAAUGGACCACACCAUUCCUGAGGUUUAAAAUUCACGGCACCAUGGAAAUGUAGCUGAACGUCUCCAGUUUCCUUCCUUGGCAACUUCUGUAUUAUGCACGUGAAGCCUUCCCGGAGCCAGCGAGCAUAUGCUGCAUGAGGACCUUUCUAUCUUACAUUAUGGCUGGGAAUCUUACUCUUUCAUCUGAUACCUUGUUCAGAUUUCAAAAUAGUUGUAGCCUUAUCCUGGUUUUACAGAUGUGAAACUUUCAAGAGAUUUACUGACUUUCCUAGAAUAGUUUCUCUACUGGAAACCUGAUGCUUUUAUAAGCCAUUGUGAUUAGGAUGACUGUUACAGGCUUAGCUUUGUGUGAAAACCAGUCACCUUUCUCCUAGGUAAUGAGUAGUGCUGUUCAUAUUACUUUAGUUCUAUAGCAUACUUGCAUCUUUAACAUGCUACCAUAGUACAUUUAGAAUGAUUGCCUUUGACUUUUUUUUUUUAAUUCUGUGUGUGUGUGUGUGUGUGUGUGUGUAAGAUGCCAAUUAAGAACACUGGUUUCAUUCCAUGUAAGCAUUAAACAGUGUAUGUAGGUUUCAAGAGAUUGUGAUGAUUCUUAAAUUUUAACUACCUUCACUUAAUAUGCUUGAACUGUCGCCUUAACUAUGUUAAGCAUCUAGACUAAAAGCCAAAAUAUAAUUAUUGCUGCCUUUCUAAAACCCAAAAUGUAGUUCUCUAUUAACCUGAAAUGUACACUAGCCCAGAACAGUUUAAUGGUACUUACUGAGCUAUAGCAUAGCUGCUUAGUUGUUUUUGAGAUUUUUUAGUCAACACAUAAUGGAAACUUCUUUCUUCUAAAAGUUGCCAGUGCCGCUUUUAAGAAGUGAAUCACUAUAUGUGAUGUAAAAGUUAUUACACUAAACAGGAUAAACUUUUGACUCCCCUUUUGUUCAUUUGUGGAUUAAGUGGUAUAAUACUUAAUUUUGGCAUUUGACUCUUAAGAUUAUGUAACCUAGCUACUUUGGGAUGGUCUUAGAAUAUUUUUCUGAUAACUUGUUCCUUUUCCUGACUCCUCCUUGCAAACAAAAUGAUAGUUGACACUUUAUCCUGAUUUUUUUCUUCUUUUUGGUUUAUGUCUAUUCUAAUUAAAUAUGUAUAAAUAAAGUUACAUUUUAGUCUGUC